GCCGCUGGGGUCUCUUUCCUGCAGCGGGCGCCACAGUGACUGGGCCUCUUGACCGCGGGACCUGCUGCCCUCCCACCGGCCCCCAGCCCGGCCCCCAGUCCGUCCCCCAGCGCACGCCGUCCGGCAGGCCAACCACCCGAUCUCGCCCGGUCCCCGCUCCGGUGGCCCUGGUGCCCAUGGCGGCCCUCGGUGGCGCCUGGCGGCAGCCGCUGCUCCUACUGUUAUUCGCAGGCCUCGCGCAUGGUGCAUCAGCAGUGUUUGUGGUGAGAGAUGACAGCGGGACAGCUUGUAUAAUGGCCAACUUCUCUGCUGACUUCUUGACUAAUUAUGACACCAAGAGUGGUCCUAAGAAUGCGACCUUCAGCCUGCCACUUAAUGCAAAAGUAUUAAAUAGCAGCUCCUGUGGUAAAGAGAAUGCUUCUAACCCCAGUCUCAUGAUUGCUUUUGGAAAAGGACAUAAACUGACCCUCAGUUUCACAAGAAAUGCAACACGUUACAGUGUCCAAAUGAUGAGUUUUGUUUAUAACUUGUCAGACACAGAAAUUUUCCCCAAUGCAAGCUCUAAGGACAUCAAGACGGCAGACUCCAUGACUGACAUCAUGGCAGACAUAAAUAAAAAAUACAUAUGUGUGAGCAGCAACCAGAUCCACAUGAAUAAUGUUACUGUCACGUUCAGUAACACCAUUAUCCAGGCAUACCUUUCAAACGACAGCUUCAGCAAAGAAGAGACACGCUGUAAGCAAGAUGAAACUCCCAAGACAACUCCUCACCCCUCACCACCCCCUACCCACACGUCACCACCUCACCCCUCGCCACCCCCUACCCACCCAUCACCUCCUCACCCUUCGCCUUCCCCCGUGCCUGAGAGCCCUUCUGUACACAACUACAACGUGAGCGGCACCAACGGAACCUGUCUGCUGGCCAGGAUGGGGCUGCAGCUGAACGUCACCUAUGAGAAGGACAACAUGACUGUGACAGGACUAUUCAAUGUCAACCCAAACAAGACCCAUGUCAGUGGGAGCUGCACACCCCAGCUGGUGACCCUGGAGCUCCACAGUGAGGGCAUUAAGUCCCUGCUCUUCCACUUUGGAAUGAAUGCAAGUUCUAGCCGGUAUUUCCUGCAAGGAAUUGAGUUGGACAUGAACCUUCCCGAUACCAAAGGCCUCACCUUUAAGGCCAGCAACAACUCACUGAGAGAGCUUCAGGCCACGAUGGGGAAUUCCUACAAGUGUAACGCGGAGGAGCACAUUUGGGUCACAAAGGCCUUUUCUGUCAACGUCUUUGAAGUGUGGGUCCAGGCUUUCCAGGUAGAAGGCAAUAAGUUUGGAUCUGUGGAAGAGUGUCAGCUGGAUGAGAAUAACAUGCUGAUCCCCAUCGCCGUGGGUGGUGCCCUGGCAGGACUGGUCCUCGUCGUCCUCAUCGCCUACCUCAUCGGCAGGAAGAGGAGCCAUGCCGGCUACCAGACGAUUUAGCACAGCCACAGACCAGCGGGAGCUGCAGGGCCGCGGUUCAUUUCCCUGAGCUUAGAUUGAUGUUGAGAGAGGCACACUUUAUUGCAAACUGAUUUUCAGAUCUGCUUUAUCCAAUGUGAAGUUCAUCUUGCAACAUUUACUAUGCACAAAAGAGUAACUAUUGCAAUGACGGUGUUAAUUUUGCUAAUGGGGUUAAAUAUUUUGCUAACUGGUUAAAUGUUAAUAUUUACCAAAGUAGAACUUGGAGGCGGGGGGGAGGGUAAGAGUGCUUUUCUGAACGGGCACUGGCUCCACUAUCAUUUGGCUUUUUAAGGUUCUGGUGUUUGGUCUCUUUAUUCUUGACUCAGAUGUAAGUCUUACAAAGGGAGGUUCUCUGGUCUUAACACUUAAAACUGAUGAAGGCUGGCUAACUGUUAGACUGACAGCAUUAAUGCAUUAGUAGAGAAACUUUUAAAACAGGAGUACUUCUAAAGAUGAAACUCUGGCAGGCUUAAAUUAAGCUUUAGAAGCUGGGACAGGCCUGGCCGCACAGGCCGCAGAGCUGCACACACGUGAGCAAGUGUUGAAGCGGUUGGUCUUUCCAUGCUCUGCCACUCAAGAGCUGGCACUUUUUUAAAUAGAAAAAGGGGUGUUGUUUUUAUUUA